UCUUUCUUACUUCACUAAUUAAAAACUCUUGUGUCCUAACCAAUCCUGUGCUGGAGUAACACAAAUGGCGGAGGUGUCACCACUUUGGCUGCGGCAUACUCUCUACGUGGGGGAUCUUCACCCGGAAACCACAGCAACUGACCUCGAGGUUGCAUUUUCUGUGAUUGGCCCGUUGGAUUCCUUCGGGAUUCGCAAAGACGCCGUGUCUGGGAAAUCUCUUUGUUAUGCUUUCGUCAACUUCUCCUGUAUUUCUCACGCUUCAAAGGCUCUAGCAUGCCUAAACCAUAAAACCCUGAGAGGAAAGUCAAUGAGGAUUAUAACCUUGCUCAUUCCGUCACCAGUGCUCAAUUAG